AUGCCACCAGAGACCCAUGCCACCAGAGACCCAUGCCACCAGAGACCCAUGCCACCAGAGACCCAUGCUACCAGAGACCCAUGCUACCAGAGACCCAUGCUACCAGAGACCCAUGCCACCAGAGACCCAUGCCACCAGAGACCCAUGCCACCAGAGACCCAUGCCACCAGAGACCCAUGCUACCAGAGACCCAUGCCACCAGAGACCCAUGCUACCAGAGACCCAUGCCACCAGAGACCCAUGCCACCAGAAACCCAUGCCACCAGACACCCAUGCCACCAGAGACCCAUGCCACCAGAGACCCAUGCCACCAGAGACCCAUGCCACCAGAGACCCAUGCUACCAGAGACCCAUGCUACCAGAGACCCAUGCUACCAGAGACCCAUGCCACCAGAGACCCAUGCCACCAGAGACCCAUGCCACCAGAGACCCAUGCUACCAGAGACCCAUGCUACCAGAGACCCAUGCUACCAGAGACCCAUGCCACCAGAGACCCAUGCCACCAGAGACCCAUGCCACCAGAGACCCAUGCCACCAGAGACCCAUGCCACCAGAGACCCAUGCCACCAGAGACCCAUGCCACCAGAGACCCAUGCUACCAGAGACCCAUGCUACCAGAGACCCAUGCCACCAGAGACCCAUGCCACCAGAGACCCAUGCCACCAGAGACCCAUGCCACCAGAGACCCAUAGACCCAUGCUACCAGAGACCCAUGCCACCAGAGACCCACGCCACCAGAGACCCAUGCCACCAGAGACCCACGCCACCAGAGACCCACGCCACCAGAGACCCAUGCCACCAGAGACCCAUGCCACCAGAGACCCAUGCCACCAGAGACCCAUGCUACCAGAGACCCAUGCCACCAGAGACCCAUGCCACCAGAGACCCACGCCACCAGAGACCCAUGCCACCAGAGACCCACGCCACCAGAGACCCACGCCACCAGAGACCCAUGCCACCAGAGACCCAUGCCACCAGAGACCCAUGCCACCAGAGACCCAUGCUACCAGAGACCCAUGCCACCAGAGACCCAUGCCACCAGAGACUCUGGGUUCGAGCCCAGGCUCUGUCGCAGCAGGCCGUGACUGA